GGGGAGACCGGAUAUAGUGAAUGCAGGGUCUGGGGAGACCGGAUAUAGUGAAUGCGGGGUCCGGGGAGACCGGAUAUAGUGAAUGCGGGGUCCGGGGAGACCGGAUAUAGUGAAUGCAGGGUCCGGGGAGACUGGAUAUAGUGAAUGUGGGUCCAGGGGAGAGCGGAUAUAGUGAAUGCGGGGUCCUGGGGAGACCAGAUAUAGUGAAUGCAGGGUCUGGGGAGAGCGGAUAUAGUGAAUGCGGGGUCCGGGGAGAGCGGAUAUAGUGAAUGCAGGGUCCGGGGGAGAGCGGAUAUAGUGAAUGCGGGGUCCGGGGGAGAGCGGAUA